UGAGGAGAGCAGGAAGAACCAGUUUAUAUCUGAAUUGCGAGAGCAGGACCGAUGGUUACCCAUCAACAAUGUAUCGAAGCUGAUGAAGAAUGCUUUGCCAAUGAACGCCAAGAUUUCAAAAGAUGCCAAAGAGUGUAUGCAAGAAUGCGUUAGUGAGUUUAUCUCCUUUGUGACAAGCGAGGCAAGUGACAGGUGCUCUUCCGAUAAGCGAAAGACGAUCAAUGGUGAGGAUAUUCUGAUAUCUUUGCAUGCCCUGGGGUUCGAGAACUACGCAGAGGUAUUAAAAAUUUACUUGGCAAAAUACCGACAACAGUUGACGCUGAGAAAUCAAUUAGAACAGCAGUCAUCCACGCAGAACAACAGUGAUGAUGAUAACGAGAGUAUAUAUAACAACGACGAAGAUGCAUUGGAGAUAGUGAAGGACAAUCAGCCCACCAGCGAUGGCUACUGA